CAAUUAAUAUUUUCCAAUGUUACAGGUGUCUUCAGCUGCACCGAGACCAUUGAAUGAACACCAAGGUCCAAACCUAGCACAACUGCCAUAUGUUUUGUUUGGAGAUGAAGAAGAUGUACAAUGUUUACCACAUUGUGAUGCAACAGUGAAAGACAGUUCCUCAAUAGCAAAGUUGGUUGAGACAGAUCAUGAAGUCCCCCAAGAGUCUUUUCAGGAAUUUCAAGCAAAUAAAGCCAGGACAGAAAGCUUUGGAUUAACUAAUCUUGAAGAUUACAGCAGAAUUAUGGCAAAAAUUCAGUCACGUCUGCCAGUUUAUCAUUGUAAAUUUUUAGAUGUUCAAUGUAAAGUUAACAGUGUUCUUGAAUUAUUAGAUCCCUCUGACAUGCCUAGAUUUGUAAAAAACUUCAUCCAUCAAAGCUUAAAAUUUCAAACCCGAUCUAAUGAUGAUCAAGAUGACAUUGCAUACAGAAAUAAAGAUUUCCACCAGCAGUUUAAGGAAGGCAAUCCUGAUUUAGAACAAUUAAAUAAAGACAGUCAUCUUAAAAACCAGUCAAAUAUACAUGUAGGUAAUAAAGGUGCAAAUCUGUCAAAAGAAGAACAAAAUGAAUUUGAUAGAAAGAACAGUACACUUGAAUGUGAAGAAACAGACAUAUUAUUAGAUAAAAGUACAUUUGAAAGUGAAACUGUUGAUUUAGGACAAGAAGAAACAAAGUCUAAGAAAAGAAGAAAAAAAACCCAUAUUGAAAACAAUGGCCCAAACCAAGAUGUUAAACAUGGCAUGAAAGGGAAACGUCCUAUAAGAGGCAAUCAACGUAUUAAAAGGUCAAGCAGAAAGGAAACUACCAAUGACAACUGUUCUGCACUUGUAAGUAAGAAAGAGUCUUCGAAGCAUACCAAUAAGCAUGGACAAUUACUUGAACAGCAUAAUGAGAGACAGGGAAAUUAUGAAAUUCAUACACAGGCGUGUGUCACAGGACUACCACCUCAGAAUAUUUCAGACCUUGCUUCAGGAGUUAAUAAAGGAGAGAAAACUUAUGAGAGAAUUUUAAUCAAAUUUAAAAGGAAAGAAGAAGAAUGGGAAAUUAAGAAAGAUUUUCCUGAUGAUGAUGACAGAACAUUGCUAUAUGGAUAUGAUGGUCCUUUCGGAAAGAUUGUCAAGGAUUAGAACAAAAGCAAGCCGAGCAUAAUUUCUUCGAAUGAUCAAAAUUAAUGAUGAUGGCAAUUGGAUGCUUUUCGAAAUAGAGUGGACUCCUCUCAGAUGCAGAUGAGAUGUUCAUAUACUAUAUACUUCUUCUUACUAUGUAAAUUAUUUUCAGACAUACUGAUUUAAUUUACUCCUAACCUGCUGGAACUAAAAGCAUUACACAACUGUGCAGUAUGAUAAAAGCUAGACUUUUUCAUUUUGGUGUAUUGAAAACCUUUCAACUUUAAAUGGACUGUUUCAAAAUUGAAACUAGAGCAUUAAAGUCCAUUAUGCAAGGUCAGCAGAUUAAGGGAUGAAUUUAAUACAUUGAGAAUUGCUUACGUAAAGAUCUUGAUGGAAAUUUAGACCAUUUCAACUUCUGCUCCUGAUUUUUGUGUAUGAAGUAAUGUACAUGAUUAAGUUGACAGGAAUAUUAUGUUUGAGAGCUCAAACUAUAGGAUAUACGAGGGUUGUUCAAAAAGUAAUAGGACUGCAGUUCUACUAUUCACAUUUUUUAAUUUACGUGCACAAUUUUACAAGAUAAUAAUAUCGGAACAUAUCCUCUAUUUACAGUGAAAAAAUCAAUAAAAUAUGUUUAAAAAUAACGAGUCUGUGAAAAUUUCAAAUGACAAGGGGUACGCGACUCGGCGCACGCUAACAGCACAAUAGAUGAUGUUUAUGAUGUCGUAAAAUAAAAACAAAAUGUAUCAAGCGUCAUCCCUUCUGAAAGAAUUCUCCCUAGUGUUCUAUGUGUCUAAAUCAUGUAACUGACCAGACAUCAUAUGUGGAGAUGAAGCGAGAAAGAAAAUGAUCUUAUUCUUGUUCCACACUCCGAGAAAAAAAGCCCGAUAGCCGGCCACUCUCCGCGUUUUCUCGUAUUCUUGUAUCUUAUAGUAAUCAAUAUAGAAUAAACAGACAUGAACUUAUGAUGUUAAUGAAAAUGCGAUUAAUAGAAUUAUUUUACACAUAUCAUCAUAAGUCCUUAAAACAAUAUGAUGUAUGUUAGUAAAAUAACAAUAGUUAUCAACUAAAAAGUAUAUUUUCCUACUAAGAACGGCGUAUCAUUUUUAAAAGAAAAUUGGGAAAAAUAUUAAUAAUUACUGUUAAUCAUUAUAACAUUAAUUUAUUGAUAACACAUAUAUCUAGUAAAAUGAAAUAUAAUUAUGUUUGAGACAAAUCAUUUAGGUAGAACUGAAUCAAUAGACCCAAUACAGAAAUCAAACAUGCCAGACAGUUCGUGGACUGUUUACCGUCGAUCAUUUUGUAGCGCUUUUUUAUUUGACGCCACUAACGUCCCGUCAAUUUUCCGCUAUCAUUCUCAUCCUUUCCUGUUUGUGAUUUCGUAUGUGCAGUUUUUGAGUUGUUCGCGCAAGCUGAGAACGCGUAUCCUGAUAGCCGAUUAAUUGUACUGUGUUAAUUUUAUGUUUUCAUAUAUAUCUGAAGGAGUAUCGCCAAUUUGUUGGCAAAGUUUAACGAUCGCACACAUUUUCAGUUUUUUAACGAACAUCAAAUUUCUACAUUUAACGUUAUGACCACUGCUGUUUAAAACUUGAUGAUUUAGCCAUAUCAUGUCUGAAUGACGUUAAAUUUGGGCAUAAUGUCACUUAAAUAUAAUAAAUUGUGUUGGUGGAAUAAAUGGGGAAAAAAAGAAAAUAAAUUAUGAAUAAAAUAAAAGUUCAACUAAGCUUCAAUAACCUUUUUAUGUGCUGCGCCGGGUGCCUGUUACCAUGGUUAUUCAAUAACACAGGGAACACGCGUUAAGAAUAAGAAUUCAAUAUUUUUAUGUUUAAAUUGAAGAAAACAUUGUUCGAUCACUGUACAUAUAAAAAUAUUCUAAAUUGAAUUGAAUAUGAAGAUGCAAGACUCUUAGUCCUAUUACUUUUUGAACAACCCUCGUAUUAUGCUAGCAUUACAGACAAUUGUGUAACUUUAUAAUACUGCAUGUUUGUAACAUUGUUUUUCAUAGGAUUUGUUUGUUUGUUUAUAUAGUUUUAUAUACACAGCUGCUGUCAGUUUCAUUAAGAAAUCAUAGUUUUUCUUCUAAAAAGGAAGUUUGCUGUAUUAUAAAUUUGUCAUAAAGAUUUCUGAAGGUUAUAUGACUGUAUAUAAAUUGAAUGUUUGCAAUAUAACCUUCGUGUAGCUGCUCAGGUUAUAUAAACAAACAACCAUUUAUAUAGAGCCAUAUAACCUGUCAAAAUUCAUUAGAACUAAUAAUAUAUACAUGAUCUACACAAGUUGUAUUUGUUUUAAGACUUCAUUACAUGUUGAAGAAAAUAUUUUAAAGUGAUGUGAUGCCCAAUUUUUUGCUGACGAGUUGAAUCAGUAAUAUAUUUCAAAAGAUUGUAAAUUAUAAUAGUGCUUGACCGAUAUUUGAUAAUGAAAGAUAUUUAGGAAAAAAUACAAAAUCUUCCUAAAAUAUAAUUAUAAUAAAACUGCCCUCCUCUUUAAAAUAAAAAAAAAAGUUAUCAAUACAUAUUCUGAGCAAUAUUUAUAAAAAUGUCUGUGGGUUAAGUGGAUUAUUGAUUAAUUUUGCGUAGUAAUAUAUUAAAUUGAACAGUCAAUUAUGGCAUAAUGUAAAGUUAUUUUUAUUCUAGACUUUUACCAAUGCUCUUUCCAUUUGCACUUUGAUGAGUAUAACGCCACUUUUAAAUGUGCCUUAAUAAUUUCGUUUCGGUUAAGGUUAAUUACUUAAUAUGUUUUUUGCAGUCAUUUAUGUAUUAUAAAAAUUAUUUUUCCCUACUGAUUCAUUGUCUUUCCUAUUGUAACUUUAAACUACUUAAUUGAUUUGGAUUUUACUUCUACCUUCACCUAAGUGAUUUUGUUACACUAAACAAGCUCAGUUCUGAUGCUCUUGAUAUAUGUAUUAAUCUAGAGUUCAGUAUGAACCUGAUAUCUAUGCAUAUAAGUAGCUUCAAAUGUUCAUUAAUUCAUUUAUUUUUUCUCUCUCAAUUGAUAAUUGUUGAUAGAUAUCACAGAUAAAUUGCAUUAGUUAUCUUUCAGUAUGAGUAAAUAUAUGAAUGUUUGUACAUACAUGUAUUAUAAAUAUGCCUGUUUCUUUACUGAUUUAUAUUAUACAUCUUGUAGAUCUUGUGUUUAUAUUUACUGUAUAUAUGAUCCUAAUUGUACAAAUUUUAAUAUGCAUAUAAUAUUUUAUAUUAUGUAAAAGUUUUUCAGUUAUGGAGGAAGUAAAGAUAAUAAUAAUAAUAAUGCAUGUUAUGAUGUACUCAAAAGAUAUUUAUUCUACAUUUUUAAAAAGAUACUGUUUUGAAAUUAUCAGAUUGAGUAUUUUCAAAUUCCAAUUACUAUUGUAGCAAAAUAUAUCUUAGCAUUUGUUAGUAAUUAUAUAUUUGUAAUACACUCCACAAUUAUUGUGACAUAGAUUUUUGAUGAUCUGAGCUUUAAUGCCACAUGAUACGCUGUACGCUAUUCAGUUGGUAUUUUUAAUAGACCGCACAAUCUUCCUGAAUGAUGAAUAGUGCUGUCCGAAUAGAAAACAAAAUGUCCAUUUAAUAAUUUUAGCAUGGUAUGUAUUAAAAGAAGUUGUGAUUGUGCAAUACAUAUGUUCAAGGGUAUAAAGCUAUAUGUUUUCUGUCUGUAGUUAACAAAAUUUUUGUUUUAUUUUUAUAAAAGAAUAAUUCCGAAGCAUCAUACAUCACGUGGGAUUUCAAGUAUUCUACAGAUAUAUAAGAUUGA